AUGGAGACGGCGCCCAUAAAAUCAAAGCCAUUGCAUAACUUCUCUUUGCCCCAACUCAAAUGGGCACACAAGAACUCCACCUCACAAUACCACCGCUUUCGCCGUCGCGAUUACCCUGAUAACCGUCAACCCGACUCCGAUUCCUACUCCGAGAUUCGAGUCGUUAAGACUAGAACGGAACAGCUCCCUACUAUUCCGAAAAGCCCACAGCAAAAGGGUUUGGUUUGUGCCGAGGAGGAGAAUUGGGGGUGCAAGGAGUGGUAUUUGCGGCCGAGGAAGGAGGUCAAGGCGGCUGCGGCCAAGAAAGAAACAACAGUUGAAAAUAGCAGAAUCAAUAGCACUAAUAGCGCUUUAAAGUCGAAUAGACUGAGGGGAUGGGCGGAAGGAGGGGAGCAGAGUGGGGGAUUGGGUAUGGGCUUUGGCGUGGAGAGGAAGGAGAAGAUGAAGAUUUGGAUUUCGUUGUCAAGGGAGGAGAUCGAUGAUGAUGUUUAUGCUUUAACUGGUUCCAAACCCGCUCGCAGACCCAAGAAGAGAUCCAAAAACAUUCAGAAACAACUCGAUGGUGUGUUUCCGGGAUUGUUUUUGGUGGGGCUUACGGCUGACUCGUACAGGGUUCAUGACGCUAUGAGGUACAUGUAA